AUGUUUAACUCUAACAACGGUGGUUCAUCAUUGUUCAAUGGUGGUUUGAGUACGUCAACGCCCACAUCAACCCCAACUCAAUCGAAUAACGUAUUCCAGCCAAGAGCUAAAUCAGUGGGGGGGCUAUUUGGUGGGGCGAAUAUGUCGCAUCUCAAUGCUGUGUCCACACCAAGUCCUUCUGGAGGUCUCUCUGACCCCAAAAUUGGAACCAAUCAAUCACAAAAUUCUAAUAAUGCUCUAUUUGGAAAUAGUAACCAAACUUCAAAUAAUGGUAACAGUUUAUUUGGGAAUAAUGCUGGAUCGUCAGUAAAUAACAGCUUGGGGAGCAACACGGGCUUACCCUUAACAGGACUCUCUACAUCAAAUGUGAAUGGUGGCAGUGGAAUGUUUUCCAAACCAACUUUAGGUGCAAGUUCAACUGGAACUGGGAGCUUAUUUUCCAACGGAAAUGGUUCAAGUCAACCAACAAGCUCAAGUGGAGUUUUAUUUGGAAACUCCAAUAGUAACACAAUUGGCUCGAAUACAGAGAAGAGUUCGAUUGGAGGUGGUUUUGGAACGACUAGUUCGAAAGGUUUAUUUGGAAAUUCUACCUCAGCUACUGAUCCCAAUGCUGCAAACUCUGGUGGACUUUUCAACAGCAAGCCAUCUCUAUCGACCUCCAACAGUCUUUUUGGAAACAAAACCACUUCUGGAGGUCUUUUUGGCAAUAAUAAUAGUAAUAAUAACACUAGCUCAAGCACUGGUUUAUUUGGCAAUUCCUCAAUCAGUAGUGGAUCAGGCAUCAAUUUUUCAAAUCCUUUAUCCAACUCCAAACCAAGCAAUUUCCUUGCUGGUUCGCAAACAGGACCAAAUCAACAGAAUAUAGCAUCCCUAUCAGUUAACCCCUAUGGGUUACAGAUUGGCCCACUUCCCAGUAGUGUUACGAAUAUGCCCGACUCAAUUACUGCUUCUUUUAAAAAGUCUUCAAAGUUGCAUGAUGAUCUCACGAGCACAGAAAAAAGGCGUACCUUCUCUACUUCCUCCAGUGGAAGUAUGGCUCCUACGAAUAUCCAGGGACAAGGUACCCUUAUAAGCAAACUAAGCUCGAGAUUAAGUACCGUAAAGGGUUCCGAAUCUAUACAAGGCUUGUUUUCACCUGCUCGCAAAACUUUUACUGGUCGAGAAGGCUUAAAUUCAAAGACUUCUAAGGAAACUUUCCUUGAAAACAAAAGCAAGCAAGUUAGGGGUGAUGAUUUAAAUCCUCUUAUGAAGAGGACUGAUGUGUCAGAAAUUCGUAAACUGAAAAUUGAUACAGGAAGAAGUGCCGCAAAGAAAAUGAAGCUGCUCUCCGGUGGUGUUGCAACAACCAAAAUAAGGCUUUUAGGCGAACAUCAGCAAGAAGGUGAUUCAAAAUCCGAUUUGGACGCUGAGUCGAAUAUGGAUGGGAACAGUGCCCCUGACAUUGAAAUUGAAGCAAUUGCAGACGAAAGUAAGGAAAGGAAAGUGGAUAAAAAAUCUAAAGAAUAUUGGUGUUCUCCUUCUGCAGAGCAGCUCCUUAAACUACCUUUCAAACAGCUUAAUGCCAUCCCAAACUUUGUGAUAGGUCGUAAAGGUUAUGGUACCAUCUCUUUUGAUUACGAUGUUGAUCUGAGUGAAUUUGUUGAGGAUUUUGAAGGUUCUCUUUUCGAUAAUCUCGUCAUCUUCAAUGGAAAUCAAACCGUUGAAGUUUAUCCUGAUGAAUCUUCUAAGCCUCCUGUGGGAUACGGAUUAAAUGUACCUGCCACUAUAACUUUGGAACAGGUGUAUCCAAUCGACAGAAAAACCAAGAAGCCCAUCAAGGAUAAUUCAAAGUUGAUUGAAGUUCAGCUGUUCGUCAAAAAGCUCAAAAAGCUUAAGGGUAUGGAAUUCGUUUCUUAUAAUCCAUUUGGAGGCAUCUGGACUUUCAGGGUCAAGCAUUUUAGUAUUUGGGGGUUGAUCGAUGAUGAAGAUGUCGAAGUCGAUGAGCAAGAGGCCGAAGAGGCCCUGCACCAAGAAAUUAGGGAAAGAAAGAUCGCCAUUCCAAGAAUGAAGCGUGAAAGAAUUGAAACAAAUAGUGAUCUAAACAACGAUGUAGGUGAGGUAACCACCAUUCGCCCUAACGGCUUCUCCUCCUUCACCGGAGUAAAUGAUCGAGAAUUAGUACCAAUCCAAGAUUUAAGUGAUUAUCCUGAAUCAUCUACCGAUUAUGGAAUGCACGAUUUGGUCGAAGAAAAGAAUUACGAACCUUCCAAUGUGGACGUUGAAGACUUUCAGGCGUUGGAAGCACAUCCUGUAUUGGAGGUUUCUAACAGUUGGAUUGAGCAGCUCAAGAUGGCAGGACUUCCGUACAACUCUAUUUUUUCUUCUAAAACAUCAGAAGUCAGCGAUCGUCUUGAGUUGAAAAGAAUCGGUGGUUCGAGUUCUCUAUUCAGUGACUUAGACAACACCUUGAACCAACACAAAAAGAUUAUUAAAGAACUGAGGUUGGAAGGACGUUGCAAUUUUGCUAAAUUCAACACCGACACUACUAUACUUCUAAGAUCUGGAAAAUCAAUAUCCGGGGCUCUGAUAACCAGUCUUGAAUCUACUUUAAAAAACCAGAGAAUUCCUGUUAGCCAAACUUUCUCACAAAACUUGAUGUCGUUCGACGUUCAGACAAGGCCCAAAAAUGGUUAUCCAGUUGUCAAGGAAUUCCCUUUAACGUUCAGCGAAAUCGCGCAAACCAUCAGUCGAACUGAUCCUGAGUGUAAAAUUUGGGACUUAACGUCUAUUCUCUUUGAUAGCAUUAGCCUGCCAUAUGAAACUGAAAGUCAUGACGUUUCACUGGUUUUAAUAAAAAAAGAACGUUACAAAAACCUUUGUAAAUGGCUUAAAGAUGAAGUAAGCGCCAAGAUUUUGGCGAAAAUUGACCUAGCUACUUCUUCUAAUGAAAAAAUAUACCUCAUGUUACUCAUGAAUGAUAUUAUUGGGGCGACGAAGUUGGCGAUCGAUUCAGAAAAUUCUCAUUUGGCUGCUUUGAUUGCUAUGCUUGGAUCCAAUGACCCUCAUGUACGUCGCCUUUCCUCAGAACAACUUGAAAAAUGGAAGUCUAUCAACAGCAAAGUCGAUCGUUUCGUGGUCAAGGUUUACCAGUUACUAAGCGGCCGCCUUUUCGGCGCUAGUGUGUCAGUUGAUUUUUCAAAGGAGUUGUCAUGGUUGGAAUGUCUUGCGAUAUCUCUUUUUUUUGGAGAAAUUGAUGAGCAUUCCCUGGAAGAACUGGUUUCUGAUUUCUUAGAGAAUCACGGGAAUUCUAUGACAAUCCCAUUAGAACACUCGAUAAUUGUAGAUAUUUUGAGAUGUUUUGGUGGCAAGAACACCAGCAGCGCAAUAUUCAAGCACACUGGCUUUGCAAAAGAUAAUUUAGAUUUUCGCUUUCAGUGGUUUUUCACGCAAAUUCUGAAAUCCAAAGGACAGAAUAUUCUCCCGGGUAAAGUUCAGGAUUACCUCACUCUUCAGUAUGUCGAACAGCUAAAAAUUGAACAAUUAUUUAACGAGGCACUUCUCACGUUACUAUUUGUCCAAGAUGAUGAAGUUGCUAAACAACAGAUUGAUAGUUUGGUUACGAGCUUGAUUGAAUUUUUUGCUACAUCGACCAAUAAAGGAGUAGUUUCCAAACUGAGGGUACCAAGCAAACUAUUAUGCGAAGCAUUAGCAAUGCACGCCAAGUACAGAAAUGAUUUUACCACCGAAGUUCGGCAUUUGUUGGACGGGAAGUUAUUUGAUGCUGCUGAGGAAGUGAUGCUUUCGAAAGUUGCUCCAGGCUUAAUUUUGAAAAGCGUAAAUGGUAACCUUCGCGAUACUAGCUUGAGAGAGCUGAAGAGUCUCUUGGAGCGCUUUCCUUCACAUCAGAUGCAUAAUUGGGCGGCGGGCUUGGAAGUCUUUGGGAAUUACUUGAGUUAUGUGGAGGGAACAAACGAUGAGGAAGUUCAGGAAAAGUUAUUGAGUGGGCUUCCUGCUCUCUACGCUACUCAUAGGCAUAUUAAGGAUAUUACUAUAUGUUGCUGUAUUAUGUCUCAUAAUCUGUGCCACGGUAUCCUGAAAUCUCACAAAAAUGACAUUGCUGUCCAAAUUCCCAAGGAUAAGCUCCUCGCCCUACCCUUAGGUCAACCUGAAAGGGUUUACCUCGCGACAGUUCUAUCGGCAAUUUGA